GGGCGGGCGGCCGGGCGCGGGCGGCCGCGCUGGAAAGCGAAGCGGCGGCGGCGGCGGGGGAAACAGCGGGAGCAGCAGCGGCAGCAGCGCGGAGCGGCGCCGCGCAGGGGGGAUGGGGCGCGCGGCCCGCCGGCCGCCACCCCCCCGCCAUGAUGCUGCUCAGCAGGAAGGCGGAGGCGCCCCUCAGCGCAGCCAGGUUUGCAGAUGGAUUAUAUGACUCCUAUAUGAGGAUAGAUCAGAUUAGGUACCAAGAGUCUACAAAUGAAGAACACAGCGCCUCGGGACUUCCUUCCCUUGGAAGAUCUAACGUUUCUAGCCACAAGCUUGCAAUGAAGGAUCACCCUCUGACUGGAAGUCAGGUUAAAGUUGAGCAAUUAUUUGAGGACUCUGGCAACAGAAGGAGUAGCACUCUUCAUUCUGCAGGAAUAAAUAGUUCAGAAAGAUCUCUUCCUUCCCUGACGAAAGAUAGAAGUAUAGACAGCUUGAGCACUUCUAAAUGUGCUAGUAGUUCCUUAAAAGCACACAAAGUUGUUUCCCAAGCUCCAGAACAAGCUGUCAAACAGUACAGACAUCAGUUGUCAGCUUAUGAGCAGCAAGAAAUAUUUAAUUUUUCUGAAAUUUACUUUGUGGGUCCAGCUGCAAAAAAGAGGCAAGGAGUAAUAGGUGGCCCCAACAAUGGAGGUUAUGAUGAUGAUCAAGGUAGCUAUAUUCAUGUGCCCCAUGACCAUCUCGCUUACCGGUACGAAGUACUCAAAAUCAUUGGAAAGGGCAGUUUUGGACAAGUUGCUAAAGUCUAUGAUCAUAAACUCCACCAACACUUAGCCUUAAAAAUGGUUCGCAAUGAAAAGAGAUUUCAUCGCCAAGCAGCAGAAGAAAUCCGGAUUUUGGAGCAUCUUAAGAAGCAGGAUAAAACUGGCAGUAUGAAUGUUAUUCACAUGCUGGAAAGCUUCACUUUUCGCAACCACAUCUGUAUGACCUUUGAACUCCUGAGUAUGAACCUGUAUGAGCUGAUUAAAAGAAAUAAGUUUCAGGGAUUCAGUAUCCAACUGGUACGCAAGUUUGCCCACUCUAUACUGCAAUGUUUGGAUGCUCUAUAUAGAAACAAAAUCAUACACUGUGACUUGAAGCCAGAAAACAUCCUCCUAAAGCAGCAAGGGAGGAGUGGAAUCAAGGUCAUAGAUUUUGGGUCCAGCUGUUUUGAGCACCAAAGAGUCUACACAUAUAUUCAGUCUCGGUUUUAUAGGGCACCAGAGGUAAUUCUGGGAAGUCGCUAUGGAAUGCCCAUAGAUAUGUGGAGUUUUGGCUGUAUUCUAGUGGAGCUAUUGACUGGAUACCCUCUCUUUCCUGGAGAGGAUGAGGGAGACCAGUUGGCUUGUAUGAUGGAACUUCUUGGAAUGCCACCUCAAAAGCUUUUGGAUCAGUCCAAGCGAGCCAAGAACUUCAUCAACUCCAAGGGUCAUCCUCGCUAUUGCUCUGUAACUACACAUGCAGAUGGAAGAGUGACCCUGAAUGGGAGUCGAUCACGCAGGGGUAAACUCCGAGGCGCUCCGGGGAACAAAGACUGGGUGACGGCGUUAAAAGGCUGUGAUGAUCCCUUGUUCAUAGAGUUCUUAAAAGAAUGUCUCAACUGGGAUCCUUCCGCACGCAUGACUCCAAGUCAAGCUUUAAGGCACCCUUGGAUCUGUAAACGAGCAUCCAAACCACCCAGCACUGAUAAAACCUCCAGUAAACGGAUAUCUAACUACACAAGUUCUUUCCAAGGAAUAGGUUCCAAAUUGCCUCCAGUAGUUGGAGUAGCAAACAAGCUGAGGGCUAAUCUAACGUCUGACUCCAAUGGCAGUAUAUCUCUAUGUACUGUGCUACCAAAACUGGUUAGUUAAUAGAGAAUUAUGUAUUUCCAGAAUACAUACCUUGUGUUUUAAUUGUUUGUUAAUAACAUGUAAGGAAGAUAAAUGCAGAGGUUUUUAAUGGGUUUACUUUUUAUUAAAAGCUAAAUCUUGAAUAUAAGAAGUUCAGUCAAAAUAUAAACAUUUAAAGGGCUAACUUUUAUCAAUUUUUUCAGUUGCAAUGUGAUGCAUAUUACAUUACUUGAUAGGCUAGCACAUCUGUUAUAUUGAGCAAGAUGACACUUUAACAGAAGUGCUAUUUAAUAAUGCUGUUUUAGAAAUCAAACUAUUUCUUAUCAAGACAAUUCAACAGAUUCUUUGGCACAAGAUGGCAAGGCAAAUUGUUUUUAAAAUAUGUUGUUUAAGUUAAUCCCCAUGUGAACUCUUUUUAUUUUGGGGAGAUUUCUUACAUCUAUCGGCAAAAGCACAAAUGUGUUAAUGUAAUGCAUUAGGAAGUUGCUUGCAAACAGCUAACUUUUCUGAAGACUUUGAUUUUUCUGCACUGUUUUUCCUUUAUCCAUUCUGCCUGAAACUUUAAAAGAAUACCAUAGGAUAUAGGCAGCAGAGGUACUUGGUGUCAAAAUGUCAUAAUCUGAUUUUUCAAAGGAGCCUAGAAUUGUCACAGAACACGAAAUAUAGCUGAAUAAAACUACUAACUUCUGUAUGCUUGCUAUUUCCCUUACAAAUCUAUGAGAAACCAGCAAGGGAAUUCAAGAUCAGAACUGGCCCAUCCCAUCACAAGUUCUGGCCAGUUUGUUCAGGGCUAAUGAAUUAAUUGCAUAUUUAUUUGGAGCUUGAAUUUAAGUAUUCAGUUUUGCUAGUUGUGGGGUUUUGUGUCAUUUCCUAACAAAAAUAUUGAACUUCUAGAACUGUUGAUUCUAGAGGCCACUUUAUACCUAUUUGAGAUUCUGGUCUGUUUUUCUCUUGUUUUCUUUUUUCUUUUUUUGCAUUUGUGUAGAGUGAAUGCCAUUGAAAUACAUGGAGCUUUUUUAUUAAAAAAAAAAAAAAAAGAAACAAAUGUGCCAUCCCUGUCAGAGAAGUAAAAUUUAAAAGGCCAGCACUGUAACUAGAAAGCAUGUGUGGGACAGGCCUAGUAAUUGGAAGCAUGCUCUGCAAUAUAAGCAUUACCCAUGAAAUACCAGGAAAGACUGAUAAAGUACAGACAGACUGGUGGAUCCAAAUCAAAAUAUGUUGUGGGAAGAAUUGGCUUAUUUCUAAUCAUAUUGCUUCAGGCUUUUGAAAGGGAAAUGCCUACGUUUUUGCAUGCUUGAAGUAUAUAAGCUUGUGUUUCCUUUCCUUUAUCUUCCAAGAACAUAAAAUGGUAGUGUGACCUGUAAUGACAACAGAACAGCUCUCAAGUUGUUACUCCUUGGAGCCACGUGGCUUAAGUCCAUUUACAAAAACAUCUGAUCUGUUGCCAGGUGCUUGAAAACAAUUUUAAAUACAGUUUAGAGCUUUUAAGAACAGAGGGUUUUAUAUUUAAUGAGUUUCUCUGUAGCAGACUUUUAAUGUUAAAACAAGGAAACUUUCCGUAUACAAUCAAAUGAAUUAUCUGUGUGAUCUUUAAGAUAAGUUGACCAAAUGUUCAAUAUAAGGCUUUUGUUCUGUGAAGAUGGGGCUGCAUUUUCUCCCCUGCUCUAUUUAAUUACAGUACUGAUGAAAUGUGGGAUGGAGGGCUGCAUAAAAAGAAAAAAGUCAAAAAGGCAGAGUCUAAGCUCCAAACUUUCCAAGACUCUUUUAAACUGAGAUUCUUACAUUUUUAAAUUCUCUGAGUUCUUUUGUUUUACAAGUGUCAAUUCAGUAAGCUUAGGAUUCAUAUUAAAAUAAAAGUCUAGCUUUUAUCCAUGCAGCUACAGGUCAGACAAAUGUGUAUGGUAUGUUCCUGGUUUACUUCUUAAUGCAUGACCAAUGCUUUUAUUAUUUGGCUCAACUAAAUUAAAUUUUAUUUCACUGGAGAAUCAGGGAAGCUAAUUUUAUGGAAGUGCUAGAAGAUACCAUGAAUUUCACAAAUUCUCUAAUAUAUGUGGUGCAUUUUCAGAAACAAGAAACAUUCUACUCCCUCCUCUGCCCUUCAUUGUGUUUAUAUUUUAUGAACUAUACAUGGAGAGUAAGAAAGGAAAGACCUUUGAGGAGCAAUGGCGUGGUAAGAAAGAUGCGUAGAAAAAGAGCAUGUUGUAUGUUGAGGCUGUAAAGUGAUGGUGGUGCCUAGAGCCUGUAAGUAGAUGGAGCCUUCGUGUGCUAGGAGCUGUGCAAGCAAAAGACAAAACAGCCUGUCCCUGGGAAGAACGAAUACUGUCCUGUUUCAAAAAUAUUUUUUCACCUAUCAAAAGCCUAUCUUGAAAUGAUUGUUCUACUAUGACCUGGGCACUGAUUACUAUGAGGUAACUUCUAAUGUAACAGCUUUUUGUAUACCUGCAAUGUUGUUAUUUAAGACUCAUGCUGUGAAACUACAAAUAGGGUAAUUAGCAGGCAAGAACACUACUUCUUACCUAGAAAAUGUGUUCACCUUGACCUGAUUGAACAAGGUGCCCUUUGAGUUAUAUAUGUUUAAGAUCAUUCUUACUUGAGACUACUCCUAUUGUUUAAAAUCAAACACUUAGUUAACUGUCUUGCUGAAUUGAGGCUCUUGUCUAUAUAAUCAUAUUAAAUGAGAAGGAAAAGGAAGUAGCCUCAAAGGAUUUCAACUAUGUGGGAAAGGAUGUCUUCAAAACCCAGAGAAUACAGUUGAGAAUAUUUCAUCAUUGCUUCUAUUUGUUAAGCUCCAUUUUUCUUUAUAAAAUCUUUGUUUUUCAAGGAACUGUAUUACCCAGUACUCCCAAACCAAGAAAACUAUUUAAAGUAGAUAAUAAGUCUCAUGUCUGGGAGAAAGCUUAGGAAUCCUGCCUGUAAACACUUUGCAUGUUGAGUCCCCUGGGGCGUAGUAUAGGAGCUGCACACAGCCACGCUUUCAGGAUUGGAAGGCAGACUGCCCAGCUGAACGGUGUCAUUUAUAGAUGGCAGCCACACUGGCGCGGGCUGUCUUGGCUAAGAUGCAGCAGAAUCUCACAAAUUCACACUUUGGGUUUUGGAAAGGUAAAUGCUAAUGAGGUCUGAAAUUGUCAAAGGUUCAUCAGUUUUACUAUUUGUGAUCCUGGUUAGAAUGUUAAAAGCAAUAUAAAACUAAAUUUGUCCAAAUAGACUAACAAUAGCUUUUCUUUUUGUGGUAACUCUCUUUGUUUUGCAGAUUUGUUAGUCUGCCAGCAUUAGUGAGGUUCUACUGUAACUUAAAGCAUAUUCUCCUUGAAAGGUAGCACAAAACAAAUGCAAAUGACUUGAGUUUACAGUAAAGCAGAAUGUCACAUUUCUAAGACUUAAUAAAGUCACCUGAACUUUUAGAAAAAUGUUUCUUACAUUUCUUCUGUUUUACUACACAUUGUAAGUCUCUGUAUUGUAAAUAACAUGCUCUGUUUUAUUAUCUGGGGUUUUAGCUGUUUGUUUCAACAAUAUUUCAUACAUCAAUAAAUGACAAGGCAUGAGCAUCAAAUAUGAAUGAUAAACAUUGCUUUUACACUGGGAUCCAAAUACUAUCUUGACAGUUCAAGUUUCAGCUCGAGAAAGUUGGUGAUUUGUUUUUGUUUGUUUGCUUGUUUUUAAGUUCAGUGGGACAGUGGAGUAUUCUUGCACUAUGCAGCGUGGUAUUUCAGACAGACAUCAAAACAGACCACACUUGGUUCUUUCCAGGCUUGAUCUUACUUAACAGCAACUGUUGAAUAUGAAACUUCUAUUUUAAAAUAGUGAUCUCAUUAUACGUGUCUUCGACAUAAAGCAGAUACUCCACUAGAAUUUUUAUUCUUACAAAAUUUGAAUAAGAAUUCUAGUCUUAUGACAAUGGAAGAAUUCAGAACAAAGUAAUUGGAAAGUUUUGAGGCAAUUUCUAUGAAAGAAUGGGUGUGCUACUGAAUCUGAAGUUGUUUACAAUAAUUUUGACCUGUUAAUACUUGGAUGCAUUUGAAAACUUUUUAAGUUUAAGAGAAAACUUCCUAAGUUUUCAGAUUUUUAAGAAUCUUUAAAAUAAUUAUUUAUCAUGAGAGGGUCUUUGCAAUGGUGAUCCUCUUUAAAACUACCUCUGAAAUAAAUCUAGAGUCCUUUUUAAAGGGAUAUUCACUGCAAACUAUGGUUCUUUUUUUCUUGACACUAAUAGCUGUUUUGGCUGUGAAACAUAUACAUGAUGAUCUCAGCAAUGUCUUACUAAUCCUAGCCAUACAAGCAAAAGGCUGAUUCGGCACCCAGAGAUCCCUGCUGAAAUGAUUGAUACAAAUCCCCUGCCUGCCAAAGUUUAAUACUGUUGUGGAAGUGAGGAGACAAAAUAAUAUGGAAAGAUAUGCAGUACUUCUAUGCAAUACCCAACCGAGAUUUAAAAACAAACUGCACCAGAAGACUUUCUUAAUGAAAAAGCUAUGUUUUUUUCAUGUGUUGAGCACUAGAAAUUGUGGGUACCUGGCACUUUUGAAAAUUGAACAUCAAAUUUUUAUACUUGAUGUAUGCCAGUGUUACCACUUUUUCUUUUUUCUUUUUAAUAUUUCCUUCUUUUUGAUAAGAGUUUGAGGAAAUCAUACUUCAUACUUCCAGUGAAAUAUUUCGUGAGUGUUUUAAAACUCCACUUUUUAAAUUCCCACUGACAUGUAAAAUCCUUGAGUCCUCAGAGCAGUCUUGGAUAGGUGAACAUUGUCCUCGGUAUGCUUGAAAAGGUGUGGUGAUUUUAAUCCCAUUACAGUUCUUACAGACUAGCUAACUAGAUCAGUAAGUCUGUGUUGCUUAAAAUAAACAAACAAUAGAAAUGUGCCUUAUUAUUUUACCAGCCUGCAUCUGUCUCAGUGCAAUCAAAUUACUCUUCAGGGUUUCUUACACAUUGCCAGACAUUCAUUCUAAAUGUCCAUAUGUCUAACGAAUUUGCAGGUUAGCCUUUUUAUUAUAAAUAUUGUGAUGAGGUGUAAUAUGAUGGUGAAUGUCGAAAACAUUUAAGGUGCAUGUGAAUUUAACUUUAUCUGUGAAGGAACACUUUUGAAAUAAGUCAGUUUUAAACUAUGUAACUAAGUGUAAUGAACAGAUUUUUCCUAAAGUUGUACUUCAGUUCAUUAUUGAAAGAAAAUAAAUGCAUCAUUUUCUUUAGCAACACACUGUGUAAAUUCCUAAAAGAAGUACUUGAAAAGUGUUAAUUAUUUCCAGAUGGUAUAACUUACCUUACAUUGCCAGAUAUUGCAUUCUGUGGUGUCUAAUGAGAGAGCAAUACAAAAUUUUCAGACUUUGCAUCAGAUGCUUACAAUGCUGUAUUUAAUAGUAAACCAAAUUUGCUUUAAUAAACCAAAAAAAAAAAAAAAAAAAAAAAAUCUGUGCAUGGAAGCAGAAAGUGAGAAAAGUGAGCCAGGAAACAUUUUUGUAUACUGGUAUUUCAAUAAAGCUUAGCUUCACACGUGAAAACAGCAAACUAAUGUAGUUUCAUGUGUUUGGGAUGCAGGGGGGAAAGGGGAAAGAAAUCAGUAGAUUAACAGUUUGAUACAGAGCCUGAAAAUCACCAUUAAUUUGAGGUUUUGCCUUUGCUGUCUGCUAUUUUUUGAAUAUGCUGGCUAAAUUUUAUAUCCUUUUGUAUCCUUUACUUUUACUUUUCACGUCUGUUGUUCUUAGAAGCUCACAGAAACCUGCGAUGGACAGCUUUGACUUCAGUGUGUAUACGCUAACCGUAAUCAAUGCUCUGAUCUGACAAAUGUUCUUCCUAUUAACGGUGCUGUAAUUAGAACAUAACAAAGUUUUGCCAUAACAUU